AUGUCCGAUCUUCCUCAAGAUUUGGUAGAUGAAAUACUCAGUAGGGUUCCAGCCACCUCUCUGAAACGAUUACGAUCUACUUGCAAACGAUGGAAUGCUUUAUUCAAAGACCGCGUGUUCACCGAGAAGCACUUCCAUAAAGCUCCAAAGCAGUCCUUGGUUUUCGCUUUGAAGUAUAAGGAACCCUACGCGUUGGAGGAAUCUAAUGCAUUCUUAGUGAGCGUCAGUCUCGACGCUCCGUCUCCAUCUAUAGAGAUUAAGGUUGCACUUAGCCUAAUGGAUCCCGCUUCUAGCUUAGUUCAAAAGAAGUUGGUAUAG